GGCCUGCGUCCGCUCUGGCCGUAUAUCGCUCGUCAAAACAGCUAUCGACCCGGCCCGGCAUCGUGCUUACACACCGACGCUGGAAAGGCGUGCUUUGCCUGAUGGACGACUGUGGGUAGUGCUCCGGUUCCAAUAUCUCCAUUAACCUGUCUCAUCCUGGACCUCAACCUCGGCUUCAACUUCGGCCUCAUCCCGGACUUGUACACUCUCCUACUUCCUCUCCCAUCCAAACACCAAAUCCUGUUUCCCCCCCCCAAAAUAACACCAACAAACACACAACACAACACAACACAACACAACGCACAAACUAACCGGCCGUGCUCUGGAUCCACAAAUAGGUCUUUGAAGAAAACGAGGUCGUCCUCGAAGUAACCUUCUCUGAAAAUGCAAACGGAUCCGUGAACAUGGACGGCUUCUAUGUCGGCAGUGGGCAAUCACGAGCACGCGACCUGGUGGUUGGACGAUAUGGCCAGAGCUCGGUCGAGUCGCGGCUGGCCACGAUCAUGAGAGGCAACGCCGUCAUCCAAAAGAUCGCCAACACCCUCAAGAUCCCCGACAAGCAUGUCGAAAUUGCUCAGCGCUACUAUCAGACAGCGGUCAACCAGCACUUUACCAAGGGCCGGCGCGUGCAGAUUGUGGCAUCGGGAUGCCUGUAUAUUGUCUGCCGCGAGGAAAAAACGAGCACGAUGCUGAUUGACUUUGCCGAUGUGACCAACAUCAGCAUCUAUGCGAUCGGCGCCACUUUCAUGAAGCUGGUGGAGAUGCUGCGACUGAACCUCCCGAUGGUGGACCCCGCCCUGUACAUUGCGCGCUUUGCCUUCCGCCUCGAGUUUGAGGAGAAGACCCAGGACGUCAUCCGUGAUGCCACUCGGCUGGCUUCGAGAAUGAGCCGUGACUGGAUUCAAACAGGCCGCCGACCCGCCGGUAUCUGCGCCGCAUGCUUGUUUGUGGCCGCGAGAAUGCACGGGUUCAAUCGGACAAUCCACGAACUCGUCCGGAUCGCUAAGAUCUGUAGCUCGACCCUGAAGCAUCGCCUCGAAGAGUUCAAGUGUACGCCCUCGGGAAACCUCACUGUCACCGAUUUCCAGACCAUUUGGCUGGAGGAAGGCGCAGAUCCUCCUUCUUACUCGCAGAUCCUGAAGAAACUCCCGAAGCGGCAGCGAAAGUCUAAAAGCGCCGACGAAGGCGUAAAGGAGGAGGAUGAAGAGAGCGAUGCAGACGAGACUAAAAAUGAGGACAAGGACGACGACGAAGAGACCCGCGAGCUCGAGAACGAAGUGAAAGGGCUGAUGGAUGCCGAUGACGUCCUGCGUAGCGCCUUGCGCGAGCAGAAUGCGCAAGAAUCCCAGGAUGACGAGAAUCUCGAUGACCUGGACAACGAUGAAGAAGUCCAAUGCUUCCGUCUCACCGAGGCUGAGGUCGAGUUCAAAACCAAGAUCUGGACUGCCGAAAACUGGGACUGGGAGGUAAAGCAACAAGAAAAAGCCCUGCGGCAUGGCGGAGCCGCGCCACCGAGACGGGCACGAAAACCCAAGGCCCAGCAAGCCCGACUUCCGGCCGCGAGCUCGCCGGCCGAGGCUCUGCGCAACUACACCGCUAGCCACAAGAAGGCAUUCUCGAAAAAGAUCAACUGGGACGUGUUCAACAAGAUUGACGAGCCGAUCGACGAGUCUAAGCUCGUCUCAAUCGAGGGUCCGAUCAUUUCCAUUACCAAGUCGGAGACGAUCUGAGUGUCUCCCACGUCGGUAGAUAUAUCCACCAUUGCUCAUGCGACCCCGUCGCCAUCAUCCAAUAUAUGCAUUCCUCUCCCC